AUGCGGUUACAUCCGCUCCUCAUCCGGCUAGCCUGCCCGUUGCAAUCUCCACCCUCGCUCAACACCAAUAAUGCUGCCAACAAACUGUGCUAUUCUUUCCUCUGCCCCCCGGCGACCGCUUUGGGCCCUCCUGCUGCUUUGCGCUAUCUUGCAUCAUCCACACCCGCAGCCUCAUUUCCUUUCCCCGAGGCGUUCACAAUGCUCACAACUGCAUCCGCUCGCUUAUCGAUUCCCUCUCCCCGAAGAACAGCCUCGCCAGCGUCCGCCAAGCAAAUUACAAGACCCGCAUUAAUUCAUGUCUCAUUUCCCAUGCCAGGCCCCAUCUCUCGACAUCAGCCCACGCCCUCUCCCCUUCGUAUCCCGCUACUUACUUGCUGA